UUUAUCAUAAAUCUGUGAUCUUCGUGUUCUUGAAUAUAUUCUGGCCCUUAAAAAAGCAAAUACUAACUAGAAACAAAAUAGGCCCUACCGGUAUGAAAAAACUCGAGUGAAAAAUGAGGCCGUAAACAUUUUAAAGAUAAAAAUAAAAAUUUAUUAAUUGAGUAGAAAUCUCAUAUUGCCCAAAUUCUAAAACCUUAAAAUCUUAAAUGAAACCUAAUUCUUCUUGAUCUCCAAAUCCCCAAUCAAUUCUACAUGGCGGCAUCCUCCUCCCUCUCGGACUCUUCUUCGUCUUUAACCGAACGCGAUUAUCGGCGUCGCCGCCGUCACAGGGAUCGGUCCGUGCUAAGUGUCCGGAAGGAAAAAAAAUCCCACACCAAAAGAUGCCACAAACGCCGCCGCUCGUCCUCGGAAAGCUGCAGCCAUUCGUCUUACUCAUCGUCUGUAGGCAGCUCUUCAGAUAGUGAUCACGAAUCAUCGAAACGUCAUUCAAAACACAAACACAGAGAUAGAUAUAGCAAGGUUGUGAACUGACAUUUUGUAACUUUGGGAACAUGAUAUAUGCUUGUUUGGUGCUUCGUUGAUUGAUGACAUUCUUCUGAUAGAGUGCCACAUAUGUUGUUUUAUGUUAUUAAUAUUUUUAUCGGGUCAAAUGUUUUAUUUUAAAUAAUUUAGUUACUAAGUAGUAUAUAAUGGGUAAUUGGGCCUAAAUUCUAGGAGUAGUUGCUAAGUAAUGUGGUAGUGAGCCUAAAGUCUAGGAAUAGUUACCAGGUAAUGUGGUAGUGGACCUAAAUUCUAGGGAUUGGUAGUUAUUUGGCUUCUAUAAAUGUUGUGGCUCAUUAUUUGUAACAGUUAUCCAGAAAGUAAUUCCAUAUUUAUUAUUAGAUAUUCUCCUUGGCUUUAUUACUUAUAUGAGUUUAAGAUUCUUACUCAUAUUUUGAUAAAGAUUUUUCUUUUAUUAUUUUAUGAAGUUAGAACUGUUAGAUGCUGCUUUCAUAAUUUAAUAAAAACUUCCCUUCAUUUAUUCUCCCUGCCACUCUUGAGUUCUAUCAUUUGGUAUUGGAUCCAUAAGAUCUUUAUGGGUUCCUUGUGCAAAAAUUCAAUUUCUCCAUUUUCUCUAUACAAUUUCUUAUCUAGCAGUUAUUCUCCUCGUGAAGUACACAAGUUACUUAGCAUUAUAGCUCGCCUUGAUGUCAUUAGUUCAAAAGCUACAACAUGUGAAGUACGAGGCAAGGGUUUUCAACAUGUGCUAACUAGUAGUGGAGUCAAACCUCAUCGAUUUCAUCUAGAGGUGAAAGGAAAUAAAAUUCAAAACAGAAGGGUAAGGUUACAUUCGUUCGUAAGUCCAAACACCCUACCAUUGCAGCCAACAACUUCAAUUCCUCCCAUCCAACAAGUAAUUUCCUUUGUGGUGACAAGGGAAUUUCCAUUGCAACUCUAAGUCAGAGCUUGACAGUUAAUGUAAAUGUGUUGUCGUCAUAGUUAUCAAGGCGCCAAGGCGAGGCACGGCACCAGCAAACCACCAGGACACCUAGUUGACUAGGCGACCAGCCGACCACGUAAGCGACUAGUCAUAUAUGAUAAAUAUAAUAGCAUUUACAAAUAUACCAUAAUUCAUACUCCCUUCGUCCAUAAAAAAGCUUCCCACUUUCCUUCUUGGGAUGUCCAUAAAUUAUCUUCCCAUUUCUAUUUUUGGCAAAAAAAGAGAGCAAAAUGUCUCUUUUACCCUUGCUAAGCCAUAUUUCUCCUU